ACGACCUUUCUUCUUCUUGAUCAAAUUGAACAGUUGGAAAGGCGUUGCUGUUGCAGCAAGGGACCUUCCUCAUCGUACGCCGGAUGCGUUGGAUAGAUACAACUCGGGCCGCCUCUCGCUGCGCACCAUAUAUACCACGCCUCACCCUCUCCCCAAGCUUUCCAUUCACCAACUUUCAGCUUCCUCUCUCCCUCUCCCUCUCUCUGCUCUGCUCUGUAAUGCUCUGCUCCGCUUUUGUUUUGUCGGUUAAAGUUUGAUGCGAUGAGAGUAGGGUAGCUUUCAGGAAAAGCUUGUAGCAUCAUUCAAAUCAGUGGGUUUUGAAAUGGGGUUUAAUGCGGUGAAGGGUUUCGAGCUCGUGGCUGAUUCGGACGAUCUCAAGUGCCGGCAGCGACGAAGGUAUUCUUUCAAGAAAGGAUACUGUUAGGAAGAAGAAAACUAUUUGCCGCUCUUUCCUUUUUCUUCUAUUCUCUAACUUAGGCUAGGUGUAGGUGUUUUCUCUUUGAAUCUUGCUUCAUCACUGUGAUUCAUUCCUAAGAAAAAGCGUGCGAGUGUUCUGAAUUUUGCGUGGUGGUUUUGCUUUCCCCCAUUUUGGGACUCGCCUGCCCUGGAGAGCCAUUUGAACAAGUGUAGUGUUGCUCGACAUAGAUGGCCGGAUGUUUGAAGGGUUUAGUUGGUGAUGGGAUUGUUGGAGGAAUUGAUUUGAUCAGUUUGGUAGAUUGAUUACUCGUGUUAGUGAGGUGUAUUUCGAGGUUUUAAAUUGGCUUCUGGCUUUAGGGUUUUAGUUGCUGUCGUUGAGUGAGGAUGGGGUUUGAUAGCCUGCUGCUUCCCACCGUGGGACCUCCGAUAAAACGACGAGCAGGGUUGCGAAGGAAGCAGGCUGGUAGAGGUUCUUAUAGAGGUAGCUAGGCUUGGGUGGUGGAGUAUUGGGGGAAUUAGAGAGAGUUGUGUGUUGGUGGGGGGGGAUAAUUCAUUAACCCAGGGUGGAUUGGUUAGGCGGACUAUUAACAUUCUUUAACUGGAGGAGAUGGGAACUCACUUGCAUCAGGCACUCAGGGCUCUUUGUUUUCGCACACAGUGGAAGUAUGCCAUUUUCUGGAAACUCAAACGCCGUACUCGAAUGAUGCUCACUUGGGAGGAUGCUUAUUAUGACAACCAGGAGCAGCAUGAUCUUCUAGAGAAGAUGUCCUUCAAUGACAUAGGGGGCAACUUGAAUUGGCAUUCCCGAGAUCCUCUUGGGUUAGCUGUGGCAAAGAUGUCAUAUCAUGUAUACCCUCUUGGGGAAGGGGUUAUUGGACAAGUCGCAGUUACUGGAAAGCAUAUGUGGAUUUUUGUAACUGAUUCUUGUUUACCAUUUGAGCAGUCUGAUGGGUGGCAAACUCAGUUUUCAGCCGGGAUAAAGACCAUUGUUGUGGUGCCUGUCGGUCCAUAUGGUGUUGUACAGCUUGGCUCUUUCAAUAAAAUUCCUGAGGAUUUGAAGCUAGUGAAUCAUAUCAGAGAUGCCUUCUUUGCAGUUCAAGGUUCCUCACUGGGAUGUAUUCCUAGCAUAGUGAAAAAUUCCUCAUCUCUGUCAGAUAUAUCUACAAGAAACUCGGGUUCUGGGAAUUUUCAUGACCAUGUUAACAACUUAGGUAGACAUCUGAACAAGGACAAGACAAUAAUGUGUUCUCCCAAAGUGUCAUCACCUGAAGAACCUGCUAAUCAUUCUUGCGUUGUACUGCCACCUGGUGACAUGCCAAGAAAGCAAGUUGAAGCAAUCAAUAACGAUGGAGAACUUGGAUUAUCAACAUUGGCAAAUGACACAAGUGUCAACUUACUGCAAUCAAGAUCUGAAUGUUUACUGCAGAAGCAAGCACAGACUAGAUUGCUAAUUGAUCACAUGGCCGAAGGGGAGAGUAGUUGCUUCCGGUCUAUGGGAGUGGGUUCAGAAGACCAUGAGACUCAAUCCCCACACAAUUCCUUUAACAAAAAUUAUCUAUAUAAUGUUACACCUCCAACUUAUGAGUAUGGGGUGAAUCUUUUUUGCUUGCAACCAGAUCUCCUUGACUCUACAACUGGCAGUGAUCAAAAUGGAUUGUUAUCUGUACCAGAACCUCUGGACAUGCAGGUUCAGAAUGUUUUGGAAAACAAUGUUGACCAUCAAAGAGAGAUUACUAAUACAGAGCCAUUGAAUGCGCCCUUCAAAUUUUCUGCAGGAUGUGAGCUGUAUGAAGUGCUUGGACCGGCUUUUUGUAAACAGAUUAGUUAUUCUGAUUGGGAGCCAGAAAAGACUGUAAUGGAAACAGCUAUUGAGAUGUCGGGGGGAGUUGACAGUAGUAGCUUGUUAACAGCAGACUCUGGCACGGAGCAUCUUCUAGAAGCAGUUGUGGCGAAUGUUUGCCGUAGUGAAACUGAUCUUAAAUGUGAAAAAUCAUUGUGCAAUUCAGCAAAAUCUCUAUUGACAACUGAGAAAAUGCCAGAGCCACUCUGUGAAAAGCUCACCGUUGGUUCAUCAGGUUAUUCAUUUGAUCAGUCACUUGUUGAAAAGGACACACAUUGCUUGAGCUCAGAGGGAAAUGGCUUGAGCUCUUCAAAGGGCUUUUCAUCAAGGAGUCAUAGUACAUUUAGUGAACAAUUAGGAAGUUUACAAGAGCCAACAAAGAUCAAUAAGAAGAGGGCUAGACCUGGUGAAAAUUGUAGGCCUAGGCCAAGGGACAGACAAUUGAUCCAAGAUCGGAUUAAAGAGCUUAGGGAGCUUGUACCCAAUGGAUCAAAGUGCAGCAUUGAUUCACUUCUGGAGCGCACAAUCAAGCACAUGCUUUUUAUGCAAGGCAUCACUAAGCAUGCAGACAAAUUGAACAAAUGCAUCAAGUCAAAGUUGUGUGAUGAGGAAAAAGUUGUACGAGGCUUGCCCAAUUAUGAUCAGGGUUCGAGCUGGGCGAUGGAGGUGGGAAGUCACCUGAAAGUUUGUCAAAUAAUGAUAGAGAACAUUAACAUGAAUGGCCAAAUGCUGAUUGAGAUGAUGUGUGAGGAGUGCAACCAUUUUCUUCAGAUAGCAGAAGCCAUCAGAAGCUUGGGUCUGACGAUUCUAAAAGGAGUAACGGAAGCCUGUGGUGAAAAAACCUGGAUGCAUUUUGUCGUCGAGGGGCAGAACAACAGAGUCAUGCAUCGAAUGGAUAUAUUGUGGUCACUCGUGCAGAUACUACAAUCCAAGACGGCAAUUUAAUGGCGCGCCAAGAAAGAGAAUACUAGUUGCGAGUAAAUAGAAAUGGAAAAUCAUCUCUCGGCUUCAAGGCUGAACUACGGAUGCCACAAACCAAGACUGCAGUCUUGUGAUCUCCCUCCAUAACUGUGAUUUCUGGUUGAUUUUGCCACUGUUUCCCUAAGCUGAUGGAUGGUGCAGCAAAGAGUAGCCUUCUUUCUCUGCUUCAAAAUGGGUGGGGAUGGCAUCCUGUGCUUUGUGUUUCCUUUUGGACUGUUUUUCUACGUGUUUGUGAGCUUGUCUUAUUUUUCAGAAUAUUGACACAUUACUCGUCUCUCUCUCUGUAUUGUGUUUGAUGCAACACCCUUGUUAGUUUUGGAAGGAUCUGGAGACGUCUCAGGAGUGUGCAGAAACCAUAUGUAAAUACGGAUUGAUCUUUACUAUGUUUGCCAUUUCCAUUAAUAACACCUUACCUUACCCUUCCCGCUC